AUGUGGAAUAUCGAGGUCCAAAUCCAGCAAUGCUCCCAUCUCCAGUCUGCAUCUCGUCUGACCACUCGUCCCAACAGUUCAGAAACUCCCAGUGCUGCUGAACUGGUCAGUGCCAUUGAAGAGCUGGUGAAGAGCAAGAUGUCACUGGAGGAUCGUCCCAGUUCGCUGUCAGUAGAGCAGGGCGAUAGCAGCUCUCCCUCCCUCAACCCCUCCGACAACUCCCUCCUCUCCUCCUCCUCACCCAUCGAUGAGUUGGAUGAGCGCAAGUCUGGCUUCCUCAAGAGAAGACAUUAUGUGCUUCUGGAGCUGGUGGAGACUGAGAGAGACUAUGUCAGAGACCUGGGAUCAGUGGUGGAGGGCUACAUGAGCAGGAUGAAAGAGGAGGGAGUUCCAGAUGACAUGAGAGGAAAAGACAAGAUUGUCUUUGGAAACAUCCAUCAGAUCUACGACUGGCACAAAGAUUUCUUCCUGGCAGAGCUGGAGAAGUGUUUGGAGGAUCCCGACAGGCUGGCUCCUUUAUUUGUCAAACAGGAGCGGAGACUUCACAUGUACAUCGUGUACUGCCAGAACAAACCUAAAUCUGAGCACAUUGUGUCAGAGUACAUUGACACUUAUUUUGAAGACCUAAAGCAACGAUUGGGCCACAGAUUGCAGAUCACUGACCUUCUGAUCAAACCUGUCCAACGCAUAAUGAAGUACCAGUUGUUACUGAAGGAUCUUUACAAAAUUUCCAAGAAAGCUGGAGCGGAUAUAUCAGAGCUGGAGAAAGCUGUAGAGGUGAUGUGUGUGGUCCCAAAGCGCUGCAAUGACAUGAUGAAUGUCGGACGACUUCAAGGCUUCGAAGGUAAAAUUGUGGCGCAGGGCAGAUUGCUUCUCCAAGACACCUUCAUGGUCUCUGACCAGGAUGGAGGCCUUCUGUCGAGGAUGAAGGAGAGGAGGGUGUUCUUGUUUGAACAGAUCGUCAUCUUCAGCGAGCCUAUAGACAAAAAGAAGGGCUUCUCUACUCCGGGCUACCUCUUCAAGAACAGCAUCAAGGUGAGCUGGCUGGGUUUAGAAGAAAAUGCAGAAGACCCUUGCAAGUUCACACUCACCUCUCGAUCAUCGAGUGGUAACAUGGAGAGGUACACAAUCCAUGCAACGAGCCCUGCAGUCAGUCAAGUUUGGGUCCACCAAGUCAGCCAGAUACUUGAGAACCAGCGCAAUUUCCUCAACGCUCUGACGUCCCCUAUAGAGUACCAGAGGAACCAUGUGGGUGGUGGGGGUCCGGGCGCUCCACCCAGCAGUAGCAGUAGUAGUACAGGAGGCCUGCCAGGAGGAAGCAGCUCCAACAGCACUUCCAACAUGGGAGGUGGAGGGGGCGGCGGAGGCUCCGGAGGAUCAGGAAACAACUCCUCCUCCCUGUGUGGCCCUCGCUCCCGACCCUCACGCAUCCCCCAGCCAUCCUCACGCCUCCCUCAACCCGUCCACCACCACCACCCGCCGGGUCCCGAGGGGCCCGACAGGUCAGCAGGUAUGUGGUCACCCUGCCACCCUCAGUCCUUCCACCCCUCCAAUCCCUUCUCAGACAGCAGCACAAACGGGGAGCUGUUAGCCUCAGAGGUGCCUAAGAUGAGAAGGCUGGAGAGUCCUCAUGGGAGUAACAGUAAUAACAGUAACAAGCCGUCAGACAACAUGGACGGCUGUGUCAGAGCCGGUUUUGGGGGCUUUGAGGACACCCAGAAACAUCAAACAGCUGCUAUACCACAGAUGGCCGUUGCUCCUCUGAAUUUGCCCCUAAAAAGCCCUCGAGUUGGGACAGUCUCUCCUCUGAUUUCACCUCAGUCCCCAGGAGGAGGGGGAAAGGAGGCACUUGUCCACCCCAGCCCUGCUCAUAAAAGCAAUCCUUUCUGGGCAAUGGUCCCUCCUAUACCUCCCUCUCCCGCCAGCAGGCCUGGUUCCUUCUCCUACCCCAAUGACAACAGCACCAGUGGUAGUGGUGGUGGGGAGUCUUUGGGCAGAGGAAGCCACGGGACGCCCUCUCACCACCGCCACUCCUCCCAUAGUAAGGACAUAGACCGAAUGAGCACCUGCUCCUCCACCAGUGAGCAGUCCAUACACUCGACCCAGAGCAACGGGAGUGAAAGCAGUAGCAGCAGCAGUGUGUCCACCAUGUUGGUGACCCAGGACUAUGUGGCAGUGAAGGAGGAUGAGAUCAGUGUGGUGCAGGGUGAGGUGGUCCAAAUGCUGGCCAGCAACCAGCAGAACAUGUUUCUGGUGUAUCGGGCAUCCAAUGAGCACUGUCCCGCUGCUGAGGGCUGGAUCCCUGGCUACGUAUUAGGACACACAUCAUCCUCCAUCACACCUGAACUCCCUGAAGGAACCAUCAAAAAAUCAUUAUCAUGGCACACAGCACUCCGUAUUCGCAGAAAGUCUGAGAAAAGAGACAAGGAGGGCAGGAAGAUGGAGAAUGGCUACCGCAAGUCUCAGGACAACCUGGCUAACAAAGUCUCUGUCAAGCUCCUAAAUCCAAAUUUCAUCCAGGAUGCUCCUCCAGAGUUUCUCAUCCCUGUCAGCGAUGUAGCAUGUGAGAGUGGCAGCAGUGUCACCCUGAAGUGUAAAGUGUGCGGUCGGCCACGUGCCACUGUCACCUGGCGGGGUCCUGACAACAACACUCUGAGCAACAGCGGAAACUACAGCAUCACUUACAGUGAGACAGAAGAAGCAGUGCUUCGUAUCCUGGGAGUGUCUGUAGAGGACAGUGGCGUUUACACCUGUGUUGCCACAAAUGUAGCCGGCUCUGUCACCUCGUCCGCCAGCCUCAGAGUCUCAGGAACUGCUGAAGAUGGCAGUGAAGUCCUCUGGAAAAACGGCUUUGAAUCUCACUACACAGAGAUCACUGAACUAGGAAGGGGACGUUUCUCAGUGACUAAGCGGUGUGACCAGAGGGGGAGUAAACGCACAGUUGCAGCCAAACAAGUAAACAAGAAGCUGCUGCGACGAGAGCAGGUGCUGCAGGAGGUCAGACUCCUGCAGAGCUUGGACCACCCCAACCUGGUCGGACUGCUGGACACGUACGAGACUGCCAACAGCUACGUGGUUGUACUAGAGAUGGCGGACCAGGGACGUUUCCUGGACUACAUUGUGAGCUGGGGCAACCUGACCGAGGAGAAGGUGGCUCUGUACCUGCGAGAUAUUCUGGAGGCUCUCCACUACCUGCACAGCUGGAGGAUAGCACACCUCGAUCUCAAACCUGAGAACAUUGUGGUAGAACAUGCAUUUUCCCAGCCCGUGAUCAAGCUGACAGACUUUGGUGAUGCCGCUCAGCUGAACCCUUCCUCCUCCUCCUACAUCCAUCCUCUCCUGGGGAGCCCAGAGUUCUCCGCUCCUGAGCUGGUCCUGGGUCAGCCUGCCUCGCUCUUGUCUGACCUCUGGAGCUUAGGGGUGGUGACCUACGUUUUACUAAGCGGUGCCUCUCCCUUCCUGGAUGAGAGUUUGGAGGAGACGUGUCUGAACAUCUGUCGCCUGGACUUCAGUUUCCCGGAGGAUUACUUCCAGGGUGUGAGCCCAGCCGCCCGAGACUUUGUGUGCCUGCUGCUCCAGGGAGAGCCCGAGCGACGGCCCUCUGCAGGGUCCUGCCUGCAGGAGCCCUGGCUCCAGCCGCAAGGUGUGAUAAACAGGGAAACCUCAAAUCACAGGCGGCCUGCAUCUCCCGGCCCUCAGACUGCACAUCUGGACACCUCCAGACUCAUUUCCUUCAUCGAGAGACGGAAACACCAGAACGAUGUUCGGCCCAUUGGCACCAUAAAGGCCUUUCUUCACAGCCGCCUGCUCAACCACAUGUAACAAAGGUGUAGAAGAUAUACAAAGAAAAUAUGGAGGAUGAGUAACUAAUACGUUUAGUUCCACCAGGAGGGACCACCAGCAACAUUUCCACAAAGAUCCCCUUUUCCCUCACUAAGCCACAAAAGUCCUGCUGCUGCUGACUGACUGACUGACUGACCUCUGCUGACAAACCCUCUGACUCUCCCCCUCCUCCCCUUAACCCACGGCAUAUUGUCUUUAUGCCUGCACAACAAAUGAACUGCUUGAAUCUGUCUGAGAUUUCAAACGUUGACCUAGCAGGGAGAAAACCAAGCUUUGUCGACCAUCCAGCGCGAGCGAGUCUUGCGUUUGGGGACAGUGUUAAACAGAGAAAAAUAGAAUACUGUAAAAUAAGAGUACUUCAGGCUGCUUUCGGUUGAAUAUAAGGAAAUGCUUUUUGUAACGAGAGAUUACUUUUUGUAAAUGAAACUCUGUACAGUGAGGGAAUGGAAAACUGUCUUUAUUCAUACCUUUUGGGGAUUAAAAGGUAAGUAGGUAGUAGGAAACAAAGAAGUGAGGUGUGUGAACAAAGUGGCACCCAUCAGCAGGGUCCGCUUCAUUCUGGAUCAAAGUGAAGACCAAAACCUUCUCCAGAAACACGUUGUAGUUACAUUCAGUGCAAUAGUUUGCUUAACUUUAUGCCCCCCUUCCGUUUGAAAGGAGAAAUCUUUUUUUUUUUUUUUUUUUGACAUUCGGAGAAACAAAAUUAACUUGAACAAGCAUCACUGCACCUGGGAAUGAGCUUCUCAGAUUUCUAUCUGCAUCCGCCUUAUUUGUAAAUAACGUAUUCCUGCCUUUCAUUCUCACUUCGAAGAAUCCAUCUCAAAUGAACAAAAGCUAUUUCUUUUGCCGAGUAUUAGUGAGUCCAUGCAGCUGCUCCCUGUGGACCCUCAGCAGCUGGAUCUCACCACAAACAAAACCGCUACUAGAAAUGCACUCGUAUUUUGCAUCGACCCCCCAUGUGCAAUGUUGCAGCUUUAACAUUUAUGCAACUAUUUAUGAAGAAUUGUGUUGUAGCUGUAUUCUUAAAAAGGCAUGUACGUACCUGGUACUGCGAUAGAUGUCUGUAUUGUGUUAACUCUUAUGUAUUAAGUUCAGUAUUAAUAUCUGCAAAAACCCCCCAGACAAGAGGAGGGAAUAAUGUAUAAAAAAAUGUGUAUCUAUUAAAUAUAGGCACUUAUGCUUUCAUUUUGUCAUGUUCUUAUUUUCUGUAACAAUACCAAAGUCAACUAUGCUUUUUUUCCCCUGCUUAAGUGUAGGUUUUUUUAUUUCUCACGUUAAGUUAUAAAAGACCAUUCUGAACCCUGACCUACGCGUGUUUACAAAGGUUCAGUCUGGCUUUAUUUAUUCUUAUUGUAACAAGAAAUUGUUUGGUGGUUUAUUGCUGGAAAAAAAAACUAACUAAUAUUACACUUGUUUUUUCUUUUCAAGCUGUGCACAAAAGUGGUUUGCUGUGUGAGUUUGUUAGGCUUUUGUAGGUAUAUUCUGGUGUAUGUCACUAGAUUUAUUUUGUUUGAGCAUCUGGGUUUGAUGUCGUAACACAGACUUUGUCAACGUUACUUUACCAAGAUAUAGAUCCUGAAAGAUCUCUCAUUGUGGCCCACUCACCAUGGACUUUCAAUGAUUGGACAAUUAAACUUAGCCCAAAUGUUGGACCAACAAUAGUUCAAAUGUUUCCCCUUGAAAAAUAACACUCAACAUUAACUUUGGGUUGUUUUAUUUUGUAGGAGUUGAUGUUAUAUCUGGAGAAGUUACCGAAUACUUUUUCUUUUUUAAGUGCCAGUUGAAUGCUUCAAACUAGAGAGGUGGAUGAAACAAAAAAAAAAACAUGCUUUGUUUCUUAUUUUAUUUUCAGGUUUCAAAGGGUUAAUGUAAAACCUGAUUAAACACUAAAGAAGUCAAUAACAUGUUGAGUUCAAUGACGCGUGUUUGUCUGUACAGUCUUAGUCUCUUAUUUUGUCUCAUUUUAAUUUAUUGGUGUGGAUCUGGGCUUCCCAAAAUCAUGCUUUUAAUCACUUUAUGGAAUUCUGUUUAGGAGUAUUCAUGGAAGAAUAUAAUCUAAGUAACAGAAUGCUUUUGGGAAACCCGGCCUGCGUGUGAUGUAAAGAUGUACAGAGAGGGUCGGGCAGUAUGCCCACACUCAGGAUGUAAACCUCAUAACUAUGUCAUAUUUUAAAUACACAUAGAACAAGACUGCAGCAAUGUCAUUUUGAAUGUCUUAUGAUGACUUAUUUUUUAAUUUUGCAUGUAUAUUUCUUUGUACAGAAGAUUGUGUUUACAUGUUACUAAGUGUUGUAAAUAUUUUAUUUUGUCCUCGGUUAUUUUGCCAUUAAACGUACAAGGAACCAC